GGAUAUACAUAAAAGAAGGUAGUCGACCACGCGGCCAUGGAGGUCGAGACCGCAACCGCCAAGCCCGCGUCGAGCCGGCUCUCGUACGCCGAUAUCUUCCAGCUCUUCCACGCCGACGAUGCAGGAAGCGCAGAAAAGCUGCUAGCAGAGUACGAGGCCGUGCGCCUGGACGCCAAGGAGAAUGGCGGCUCCGUAUUUGGUGACGACGAGUCGAGCGACGAUGAUGGGCCUCGUACGCCGUCGUCGCGUAGCCUGUCCAGCUCGAGCAGCCAAGCCCGGCGAGCGAACGAUGCAUCCAACAAGCGGCCACACGCGCAAAUCUCGGACGAUGGCCCUCGAGCGUACGGCCGCGGACGCAUGGCGGCGCAGUCGGGCCGGCAGCCCAAGGUGAAGAAGUCCAAGCUCAUGCAGAAGCUCACCGGGCGAAAGAAUGGCCGACCGAUUGUAUAACACGAGCUGGACGUCCUA